GCCAAAUAAUAGAGCACAAUGUAAUAGUUGAUUUGUGUCGAAGAACUCGAUGUUGUGCACUUCUAGAUUGCUCGUAUUCACAUUUCUAUAGAAGAUGCGUUGUUGUUCACAUUUUAGAAGUCGUUUUUUACAUAAUUAUUAUCAUUUGAAAUUAUUAGCUUAUUUAUUUAUUUAUUUUUACUUCUAUUAUAAUAAAAUUAAAUUAUUUUAAGUAAUUUUAUUUUUACAUCUUUAUAAAUUUAUAAAUUUAUAACACAUUAAAAAUAUCAUAAUUUUCUAAGAAAUCUAUAACUAGGUAAUGUUAAAAAUGUUUAUGCUAAUAUAUUACUACUCAGAUUACUAAGUACACAGUACAUAUAAUUCUUUGCGUAAAGUAGAAAAAUAUUUUUUUUUAUUAUUCCUCAAAUAAUACAAAUAUAGGAGUUUACGUAAGCUCGAAUAUUUUACUUUAAAAAAUACCGUCAUCAAAAAGUGUAACUAAUACAAAGCUGUAAUAAUCCAAAGAGAGUCAUAAUAACGUAAAAAAUGAAAAUACUAUCAGCGGCUGUUUUUAUUUCGGGAUCCCUUUGUAUUCUGUGCUCUAAUUUCUUAGUGGAUUUUGCUUCUGCUACGCAAGCUGUACCCAAACCUGAUCAGAAGAAUCUUAAAGGUGGCGUAAAAAAUGCUCCCUUGCAACAGCGGAAAGGUUCGGUACCAAUUAAUCCUCCCAAACCAGUUAAUGACAAACUUAAGGAUGGUAGUAAUAAAACUGAAACGAAGAAUGCUAAGAAUACGUUAAGCAAGCCACCAAUGCAAGUUACUGACAAGUCUAAGGAUGAAGCGAAAAAGACUCCUUUGCAAAGUACUCCAAAACUUACACCUAAAACAAAGGAAGUACCAAAAGAAUCUAACAUGGAAAUGUGGUUGAAGGACACUAAAGAUGAAUAUGAAAAUUUAAAAUGUCAGUACCGUACUUGUUUAUACGACUGGUUUCGUAAAAUAAAUGAUGAAUACAAUGAAUUACUGAAUAAGCUGGAAGAAAAGUGGGCAAAAUUUCCAAAUGACCCGAAAAAUAAAGAUGUGUUUGAUAAUCUGAAAACAUCAAGUCUAAAAAAUGACGAGAAAAAAGCUCAAUGGAUGAGAAAAAAUUUAAAGGAUUUAAUGCGUGAACAAGUAGAUGAAUGGCUUGAAGGUAAAAAGAAAAUCUACGAAGGUAUGUCACCUACAUACUGGGAUGCUUGGGAAAAAAAAAUAGCGAAAGGAUUAAUGGGAGCUGCAUGGUAUAAAAUGAAUUCAUCUGGAAGAACAAAAGAAUGGGACAAGUUGAGAAAUGAGUUAGAGACUCGUUAUAACAAAAAAAUCAAAUCUCUUUGGGGCGGUUUUCAUCGUGAUGUAUACUUUCGAUUUAAAGAAUGGAUAGAAGAAGUAUUCAACAAAUGGAUAGAAAAUAAGCAAAUAGAUACAUGGAUGAAUAGUGGUAAGAAAUAAAUAUAGGAUGUAAAGCUAAUACCAAAGUAUUAUUUCCUAAAAGAAGGUGACUAAUGAAAAAAUUAUUUUACUUGGGCUGUUCAUUCCUUAAUAUGUGACAACAUAUGCCUUAUUUCAAAAAAAUCAACAAAAGUUUAAAAAAAAAAAAAAACAUCAUAAUAAGCGAUAUAAAAGUUUAAAAUUUAUUUACACGUACUAUGUUACUCUUAUGCUUAUGUUUCAUAACUUAUAUACCUAUCUAUGGAAUGACAAAAACGAAACAAGGUUAAAAACUACCCAAUAGGAGUGAUUUAUAUUCAAGAGAGUGAACAAACUGCAUUCGUAAUAUUUAUAGGUAUAAGACACUAAUCAUUAUAUAUGAAUGGAAAUUUUUUACUUAAAAUAUACAUUUUUUUUUUCCAUGUUUACUUUAUUAAUCAUCUUUUAUUUAGAAUAUCCUAUUUUUAUGUCACUAUAGAAUAUUUUUUUAGCAAAUGAUAUAUAUUUUUUUCUAUUAAGAAGCAUUUAUUCUUUCAUCUAUGAUUAAUUAUUUCAAGUGAAAAUUAAUAUAGCGUGUUACAUUUAAUUCAUCAUUCUUAUAUAAUACUAUAUAUUACCUUUCCAUUUUAUAUAUGAUGCUCUUAUAUCGAUAUGUGUAGUUUAU